AUGAAGUCUCUCUCCAGCGUGCUCGCCCUCGUGCCCUUCGCCCUCGCCUCCCCGGCCUUGCUCAAGCGCGUUGACACGAGCCAGGUUUGCGGGCAGUACGACACAGUCACCGCGGGCAACUACGAGCUGCUCACGGAUCUGUGGGGUGAGUCAGACGCGACGUCGGGCAGCCAGUGCUCGCAGAUCACGUCGCAGAGCGGGAGCGACAUUGCGUGGACGACGACUUGGACGUGGACGGGCGGCAGCAGCGUGAAGAGCUUCUCGAACAUCCAGCUCAACGAGGGCAUAAAUGUGCAGCUGAGCACGAUAUCGAGCAUGCCCACAACCUGGGACUGGUCGUACGCCUACUCGGGCACGAUCGUCGCCGACGUCGCGUACGACACGUUCACGAGCGCGACUUCGGGCGGCUCCGCCGCGUAUGAGAUCAUGGUUUGGAUGGCCAACUACAACGCCGGCCCGAUCUCGGCCACGUACGGUUCGGACGGCUCGCCGACGCCCAUCGCGAGCGACAUCACCAUCGGCUCCUACACCUGGAACCUGUACUCGGGCUCGAACGGCUCGAACGCGGUGUAUUCGUUCCUCCCCACGAGCGGCGACAUCACGAGCUUCAGCGGCGACCUGUACGCGUUCUUCCAGUACCUGAUUGACAACGAGGGCCUCAGCUCCUCGCAGUACCUCACCACCGCGCAGGGGGGCACCGAGCCGACCAGCGGCUCCGAUGCUACUUUGACCACCACGCAGUACAGCUUGGCCAUCAACUAA